UGCGAACUGAGCCCAGGCUGGGGCAGGGCCAGGUCCUCCCAAGGUGCCCACGUCCGGGUGGAGGAUUAGCAGCUGGGGCCCAGCCAGUUGGCCGCCCUUCCCUGCCUUACCAGAGCUCUGCCCCGCAGGUGCCCCGAGUUGGACAAUGAAGCUGGCCACAGCAGCCCUGUUGCUGGGUCUGGUGAUGGUGGUCGCUAGAGAUGAGGACGAAAAUGAUCCGUGUGUGUACGAGAACCUGCCCUAUGAAGACACCGUGCAGUGCAAGGGCCUUGAUGUUUUCUACCCGGAGGUGGGGAAUGUCGCCUGCAUGUUCAUUCCUGACUGCAACAACUUCAGAUAUAAGAUCACCUACUGGAUGGAGCCGAUAGUCAAGUUUCCCGGAGCCUUUGAAGGCGCAACCUACAUCUUGAUGAUGGUGGAUCCCGAUGCGCCCAGCAGGUCAGAACCCACCAAGAGGUACUGGAGACAUUGGCUGGUGACAGACAUCAAGGGCACUGACAUCAAGAAAGGGAAUAUUCAGGGCCAGGUGCUAACACCCUACAAACCUCCCUCCCCACCAACAAACAGUGGCUUCCAUCGCUACCAGCUGUUAGUUUAUCUUCAGGAAAGGAACGAGCUCAUCUCGCUUCUUCCCAGUGAAAACAAAUCUCGAGGCUCUUGGAAAAUGGAAAACUUUUUGAACCGCUUCCAUCUGAGAGAGCCUGAAGCAAGUACCCAGUUCAUGACCCAGAACUACCAGGACUCACCAACGUACCAGGCUUCCAGAGGAGUUUUCAAGGAUUUCAGGGACAAACCCAAGCAGAGAUAACUGCCUGCUGGACCAAGGCUUCAACUUUUAGGCAUGUGUCCACAUUGCCUACCAAACGUCUGGGGACCAACCCCUCUGGUGGUGGAUCCCCUAUCUUCAAAAUUAAAAAAAAAAAAAAAAAAAAA